CCACCGGCAGUGGUAGCGGACUCCGGGCGCUCCAGAACUGGGUUCAUGAUGAGAUUUGUUGAUUGCGCGAUGGUGGCUGAGUUGCAAGCAAACGGGUUUCAUCACUUUAAAUGGUUUUCAACCAAUGAAGCUGUAUUCCCUUAAAAAGAUGGACAGCCCAUCGUGUGAACUAUAGAGUUUGUGAACAAAUUUAUAUUGGGUUCAUAGUGGCAUCAUACACGCAGACUCCUGCGAGUUCCCGUAAGUUCUUAGAGGACUGCUUUGCCUUUUGAUCUGAGAGUUGCAAAGUUUGGUGAAGAAUGGCCCUUGUGGACAAGCACAAAAUCAAGAGAGAGCAAUUGGACAGAAUUUGUGAAGGAAUUCGUCCCCAGAUCACGAAAGGCCCCCUGCAUCCCCGCCCCGUGGUGGCGCUGCUGCACGGCUGUGACUGCACUGUGUACAUGCCCAUCCUGAAGGACCUGGCCACCGUGGCCUUGUGUGAUGCACAGUCCAGGCAGGAGAUUCACAAGAAGGUUCUAAAUGGAGCCGUGGGCACCAUGAUGUACCACACCAUCACCCUCACCAGGGAGGGCCUGGAAAAGUUCAAGGCCCUCAGAGUGAUCGUGUGGGUGGGCAGUGGCUACGACGACGUGGACAUCAAGGCUGCUAGUGAGCUCGUAAUUGCUGUGUGCAACAUCCCGUCUAUAGCCAUGGAAGAGACAGCGGACUCCACCAUCUGCCACAUCCUCAAUAUGUACUGGAGGAACACUUGGCUGUACCAGGCACUGCGGGAAGGCACGUGGGGUCAGAGUGUGGAGCAGAUCCGAGAGGCGGCCUCGGGAGCGGCCUGCGUUGGUUGGGAGACACUGGGCCUCAUCGGCUUUGGUGGCACGCAGCAGGCGUUUGCAGUUCCAGCCAAGGCCUUUGGAUUCAGCGUCAUAUUUUACAACCUCUACUUGCAGGAUGGGAUCGAGGGGUCCCUGGGCAUGCAAAGGGUCUUCACCCUGCAGGAUUUGCUGUGUCAGAGUGACUGCGUCUUCUUGCACUGCAAUCUCAACGAAUAUAACCACCACCUCAUCAAUGACUUUACCAUAAAGCAGAUGAGGCAGGGAGCAUUCCUUGUGAACGCAGUCCGUGGUGGCCUGGUAGACGGGAAGGCCUUCGCACAGUCCCUCAAGGAGGGCAGGAUACAAGGGGCAGCCCUGGACGUGAAUGAGUCGGAGCCCUUUAGCUUUGCUCAGAGUCCAUUGAAAGACGCCCCGAAUCUCAUCUGUACUCCUCACACUACCUGCAACAGCCAGCAAGUGUCACUGGAGAUGAUGGAGGCAGCUGCCACCGAGAUCCACUGGGCCAUCACAGGUCGCCUGCUAGGAAGCUUAAGAAACUGUGUGAACAAGGAAUUCUUUGUCACAUCAGCGCUUUGGUCAGUAGCAGACCAGCAAGCAAUUCAUUCAAGCAUCGUGGGCGUGGCUUCAGGAGGACUUCCUGCAGCCAUGGAAGUCAUCCCCGGAGGCAUCCCAGUGACUCACAACCUCCCAACAGUGGCACAUCCUUCCCAACCGCCCUCUCCCAACCAGCCCACAAAACACGGGGACAAUCAAGAACACCCCAAUGAGAAAUUGCAGAGAAUGCCGGCAGAUUAUCACUCAGAUACACUUGGGAAAAAGAGACAGUGACAAAUAGAUGAAAUAAGAGAAAAAGAAUCUGACGGUCUUUUUAGCUGAUUCUGGAAAUAUACAUCAUUGAUGUUGCAGUGUUAAAACUACAAGAGCUGGAAAACUGAAGAUAUCGUUUGCUUAUGGAAGCUCUGAAAGACUAGGGUGUGAUUUAUUAACGAUCAACUUCUGUUAUUGUGUGUUAAGUUUUUCACCUGUGCAUCAAAUCACAAAUAAUAAAUAGAACUUUUUCCUUUAUCAGUCCCUUGGCCACAGCAGGCCCUGAACACCUUGCUUAGAAUGUUGCAUCAAGAGUUCAAACAUCAAAAUAAAAACAAUGAAGAAGAAAUCCCCAUCCUGUGACUUGAGUCCUUCAGUCUACAGGGACUGGUUGCCGCUUUUCGCUAAUAGGAAGAUGACAUUACUAGAAAAUGUGGAGUAAGCUGUUUGCCUGUGGUAGACACCUGCAUGCACAGGGUUGAAGACAGUACCGGCUCCUGUACAGAGAAGCGUCUCUCACAUCUGAACUGCAUACUGAGUGGGCAAGUUGGUUGUAAGUUCAGUAAAAGCAUCCGAUAAUGCAAGAAAAAAAAAAAAAGGUGUUUCCUAAUGUCACAGGAAACACUUUUAAUGCAACUUGUCAGAUUGUCUAUGAAAAAAUCCACUUAGAUACUGAUAAAGUCUUCUUUUCUUCAAGUGGUUUUUUAUACAAGAACACUUCACAUGUAUUGGAUGUGACUGAUUUUAACAAAUCCUAUUAGAUUUGUAUCAAUUAGUUACAUGUUCUAUUCAUAAUCUUUUGUGAAUCAUUUGUCUUUUUGUUUAAAAAGAUAGCCUAUUUUGAGCCUUUGCAUAUGUACAUUCCUAUUUUUGUGACAAAAUAAAAACUAUAAAAUUGUCCCAAUCAGAAAAAUAAUGGCUAUCAGAAGUAUGUUUUGUUUAACGUAAGUUACUGUUACUGUAUUUGUUUAUUAUAGAGGUGGACAUUUAGCAUUCGGUGCAGUUUUCAAUCAAAUGUAAUUAGAAAAAACUGCUUAAUGAACAAAACAGAACAUAGACAAAAAAAGAAUAUUAGAAGACGUGAUGCAUGAAGA